UGUCUCGUUAAGGUAUUGCAAGUUACAAGCCAUAAUAAUUACGAAAGUAUCGUUUUCCCUAGCAAUGAUGCCAAGUGAUAAAAUAUUCACUGUGGAUUUCGAAGUGUUCGGCAAAGUUCAAGGAGUAUAUUUUCGAAAAUAUACCCAAAUAACAGCGCUCGACCUUGGCCUCAAAGGAUGGGUGAUGAAUACUGCCCAGGGCACAGUCAUUGGACAGUGCCAGGGACCAAAAACUGCUGUCGAAGACAUGAAGACUUGGCUCCAAACAGGUGGGAGUCCAAAAUCCAAAAUAGAGAAAACCGCAUUUAAAAACGAAGGUACCAUCAAAAAUUAUGCUUUCAAGAGUUUUGAGAUUCGGCGCUAAAAAUUUUGAAGAGACUUUCUGAAGACUGAUAUUUAUCUAUGUAAAUUACAUUUUUCAAUUUUGGAAUUAAAUAUGUGAGUAUAC